UUCAUUCAGUCCAGAGAGGAAUCCAGAUGCAAACAGCUGGGCUGUGGGGCUCAAUCAAAAGAGAAGAAUGAUUUUAGUUCCUCUGAAUGGAAGAUUGAGUGAGAAUGUUUGACCAAUAUGAGGAGUGGAACAUCUCCUUUGCUGGAUGUGGAUUUAGGAGUAUCUACUAUGUUGGAGCUUUAAGCUGUAUCCUUGAGCGGGCCCCUCAGCUGGUGCACCGAGCCUCUAAAUUUGGGGGGGCUUCCUCUGGUUGUCUUGUGGCAGCAGCUCUAGCUGUGGGGAUUCCUGUUGAUCAGCUCUGUUUCAGUAUUUUGAACCUCGCAAGGGAGGCUAGAAAACACACACUGGGAGUUUUUCACCCAACCUUCCGGAUGCUGGAGAUGGUGCGACGCUCUCUGCUCGAAAUGCUUCCGGAGGACGCCCAUCUCCGAGCCACAGGCAAGCUCUGUGUGUCGCUCACCAGACUGGCGGAUGGAGGAAAUGUGUUGGUGUCAAAGUUUGACACCAGAGAGGAGCUCAUUCAGGUUCUAAUCUGCAGCUGCUUCUUUCCUGUUUACUGCGGUUUUAUACCACCAUCAUAUCAUGGAGUGCACUAUGUGGAUGGAGCCCUGAGCAACAACAUGCCUAUGUUUGAGCACAGGAACACCAUCACCAUGGCCCCCUUCUCAGGAGAGAGCGACAUCUGCCCCAGGGAGGGUACAUUCAACUUUUUCGAGGCCAGCUACAGCAAUGUUAGCAUUCAGGUUAACACCGGCAACGUCUAUCGUGUAUGCACAUCGUUCCUUCCUCCUUCGCUGGAGACACUUGCAGAGAUCUGCCACAAUGGCUACAUGGAUGCCCUUCGUUUCCUGAAAGAAAGAGAUCUGCUCAGUGAGAAGUACAGCAUUGUGAGCGUAGCAAGUUGGAUAGACAGUACCAAACCUCCUUGUUGGGAGCCUGGGGAAGAGCAGGCUGCAGGAGAGGAGAAGCUGAGGAGGAAGCUGCAAUGUGAUGGAAGAAAACCUCAGAUAUGGCUCAACCACAAAGUCAACAACAACCUUCCUUCCAAUAUUAAAAAAGUGCUGUGUGAAGCGUGCCGGUAUAACCACCACAAUGGCAGCCAGUGGACUCACAGCUUUACUGACUUCCUCCCCAUAAGAGUCAUCUGUUACACGCUGACUCUGCUCCUCCUGCCCAUCCAGCUCAGCCUCUUGCUUGCCAAAAGGCUUUGGGACGACCUGCAAACCAUUUAUGGAAAUAGCAUUAGUAUUCGGACAGAUGUGGAGCAUCGGGAGCGAUAACCUUAAAAGUGGAAACACGUAUCCUGACUCGGACCUUGCUGACCUCAAAGAUUGAUACGGACUGGAAAUCAACUCACAAUUAAAGGAAUAAUUCUGGAAGGCUAUAAGCAUUAGUAGUAGAUAACUCUCCUGGUGUCUUCAUGAGAUAUUCAGCUAAUAAGAACUAAAAACUUGAAAAAGUCAUCUGUAAAGAGCCAACAUCAGAGAUGACAUCCACAGAGUCUUAUGCUUUUACACAAAAGCUGAGUAUUAUUACGGGAAAUAGAGGAAGUAUGUGGUGAUGUUUGAGAUUUAAAAAAACAAAACAUAUAAAUUAUUUCCAAGGUAUCUUUAUGUGGUAUAAAAAGUGCCGGUUUAAGCAAAAACUGUUGAGCAGUUACUGUUCUCGUUACAGCUUUCAGACAGGUAGAUUGUUGGUGGUUAACCAUUUCCACUUCCUCCAAAAAUAUUCAUCCAAUUUUUGCACUGCAAAAAAUAGAAAACUAAAUAAGUCAUUUUUUUCUUAAAAUAAGUGAAUUUUUCUUGAAUUGAG